CGAACCAAGAGAUUGUGGACAAAGCCAAGAGUCCCUCAAAAUCAACGAUGAACUGGAGAAACAAGAGCUUAUAACAGCACCCAUGGCCAGUGGUGCUGCAAAUAAAGAAGGAAGAGACUUGUCCAAGGAGAACACAACUAUUAGUUGGGCUGACAUAGGGGCACGUGAAAAUGUGAGGCAGAUGGUACCUAAGAAGACAACAACUCCUGAGAAAGACGUUGCUAUGGAAAUGGAUGAAUUCGAAGAUGACCAUCCAUCGCUGACGGAUGAGAGAAUGGAUCAAGGCACGCAUGUCAUGGAGGCAGAUGAGAGCGCAGGACAGGUGGGAUCUAAGUUUCCAUCCGACGUACAGGACACCAUUGUCAUGGAGACAGAUGAAGAACAACCUACGAACGACUUACAAGAAGAUGAAAUUGUGGAGGAGAUGGGAUCCGUGUCUACUGCUACUUCGCAGGAUGCCAUUGCCACGGAAAUGGAACGCGAUGACCGUCCACCGUUGAUGGCGGAGAGACCAUUGAAGAAACAAAUCCGUGAAUCGGAAAAUCUCAAAAAACUGAAAGCUGAAAAUCCGUUGAAGACAGAGAAUAUUCGGAAUAUGCGAGUUGCUCGGAGUUCUAAACCAAACAAACCUGCCUCCCGAGGUAAGGACACGGGAGCACCCGAGAAUGUGAUACAGACGGAACCCAUAGUAGAAGCUGCCGCUCAGAAUGAUGUUGCCAUGGACGAGGAAAAGGAUGGCUCUCCAACAUUAGCCGAUGGGAAACGGGACCAAGGUUCGCAUGUCAUGGAGGCAGAUGAGAUUGUGGAGGAGAUGGGAUCCGUGUCUACUGCUACUUCGCAGGAUGCCAUUGCCACGGAAAUGGAACGCGAUGACCGUCCACCGUUGAUGGCGGAGGGACCAGAUAAGAAAAAAAUCCGGGAAUCAGAAAAUUUCAAAAAACUGAAAGCUAAAAAUCUGCAAAAGACAGACAAUUUUCUGAACCUCCGAGAUGCUCGGCGUUCCAAGCCAGACAAAGUCAAAGAACAACAUUAAGCGUGUUUAAAGUUUUUUAAACGAGGGAAGCAAAAUGGCGUCGUAGAAGCGAAUAUUGAUGUUAUAGUCUUUUGCCGUUGUUGCUUUUUUAAACUGUGUAUAAAAAGAGUAGUAGCAAGUAUGAACACACAGAUGAUGUAAAAUAUAAUCAAGACAAACGACUUCAUUGAUAUAAAAAGACAUUUAACUUCCUAAUUAAAUACAGGGAAAUAACAUGCUUAUAAGAUAUGACUAGUCUACCAGGGAAAAAUUACCAGGAGGCUCUGUAAGUUCCAUUGCCUACAAGAUAAAGGUUUGGCCUACUUGAAAAAGAAAAACCUGACUUUUUCAUGUACCAACCAUGGUUAUAUCAGAAAGGCCAACCAAUGUUUAUGUAUGCCACGUAAGUGCAUUUCACGAACGCGUGGUGUACGGUCACGUAGUCUUAUACGUAAUCAUACGCGAUAUCCGAGGUAUUUGAAGUUGACAAACUACUUUCUAAGGUGUAGUCGAACUAGUUUGCUGUCUCCAAAGACUGAGGGUAAGCUAAGAUUAUAACACGUACAUAAUUUAGUUGUCAUUGUAAUUUCAGAAUCAUUUUAAAAUGCUAAUUUCACAUGAAAGUGUUGUGUACCAUGUUUUUGUGGGUAAGUAGAGCGAUUCUUAUGUGCGCAUACUCGGCCCAGCUGACAGUUUCUCUAGCUCAAACAGCACACACGUGCGUGAUAAAGAAGUGUCAGUUACCGGGGAAACGUUUGCGCAAUUAGCUUGUACAUCUGCGCUUCUUGUAGUUGUAAACAGCAAAUAGCACGUGAUAGUGAAUUCGCUAUAGUAAAAAUUUAUGAUUGACUCUCGUACUUUCUAAAUGUAUCCAUUCCGUUUUUUGACCGGUUCGUUGAAAUUACAGGUUAAAAUGAAACGUUGUAAUGCUCGUGUAAUGAGCAUUAAAUUGAGCAUAAGUUGCAAAUAAUAACUUGAUUCAGGUCAUAAUUUUGAUGCAGUACAUACAUUGCGGACAAGCUGACAGAGUCAAAAACAGAUUCGCAUUUACUAUUUCUCGGUCAGUGUAGCGUAGCUGAAAAGCAAAGAGAGUGACCGAAAAAUGUUGUCUUUUGCAAUAACGAAGCAAGCUGGUCUUAGAUUAAGGAGUGGAUGGUAAGACAUUUAGAAUUCUUACCCAAGAGAGUGAAGAAGACUUCAAGGUUUAACAAAGAGCCUGCCUGUAGAGUUAUCCCAGACACUUGCAACAAGUCACAAAGACCCCUGAGAGGACUGCUGCUCGUUCGUAUAACUGUCCGUUGACAAGCGUUUUUCCACUGCAGUAAUUUAUUAUAAUGUGCAGGUUCGAAUUUGCGCUCAAACGUUUCCAUUUCUACUAAAGCAUUUAACUUAAAAAUGUUUAUAUGGUUCUGCUUGAACUAUUGUUGUGUUUCAAGAAUGUUGCAUACCAGAUGCUUAGAGACCAAACUUGUAAGUCAUUGCAUAUUGGCAAACUCACCACACACAACUAUGACCGAGUAAAUCAUGUCACAAGCUUGUGAGAACGAAAUUGGAAGCGAAAUUAAA